AUGGCAGGGGUCCUCCAAAACCAGCCAGAAGGAGGCGACAAGAACGAUGCCCAGGUCACUUUCAAUGAGCAGACCAACUAUGUACCGAAACGCACAAUCAUCACAAUCUUUUUAGCAUGCUCCAGUGUCGAUUUGCUGGCCUUGAUGGACCAGACCACCUUAGCCGCCAGUUUGUCCAUCAUUGGCAAUGCCCUCGGGGCUAGUGAUCAGACAUCAUGGAUCUCCGGUGGUUAUUUUGUAACAUCCACCUGUUUCCAACUUCUGUAUGGAAAACUGUCUGAUAUCUGGUCCCGCAAGCUGGUACUCUUCGUCGGACUGGCAAUCUUCUUCUUCGGAUCUCUUGCUGCAUCCCUAGCCCAAACAGCCACCCAAUUGAUUGUCUUCCGUGCUUUCACAGGUGUCGGCGGUGGCGGUCUGAUGACAGUCGCCCAGAUGAUUGUCAGCGAUGUGGUCCCUUUACGCGAAAGAGGUAAAUACCAAGGAAUUCUCGGUGCUGUCGUGGCAAUCGCCAAUGGAAUCGGUCCCGUCAUCGGCGGUGCCCUCGCAUCCAUCUCUGAAGAUUCAUGGAGAUGGAUCUUCCGACUGAACCUGCCCUUGACAGCGCUGACUACUCUAGCCGUGCUAUUCUUCAUGCCACUGCGAAAAGUCACAGGAGAUUGGAAAGUGAAGCUGAAAGCAAUUGAUUUCUUCGGCGCACUUCUAGCCCUCGGAGGCACUUCUGUCUUGCUUUUGGGAUUGACUUGGGGUGGUGGUGAGUAUGAGUGGAAUUCUGCCCAUGUUAUUGCGACUCUGGUGGUGGGAGUUGCUAUGUCGAUUGCUUUUGUGGCGUGGCAGUGGAAGGGUACUUCGACACCACUGGUUCCUAUGCAUAUCUUCAAGGGCAGGAUUGUCAAUGGGGCCUGUCUUACGAUGUUCAUCAAUGGAUGGAACUUUUUGGUUCAGGUUUACUAUAUCCCCACCUUCUAUCAGUUGGUUUUUGGAUAUUCCACUGUGAAGGCCGCUGCGAUGUUGCUGCCAAUUACCUUGAUGCAAACUGUGAGCAGUACAGGCUCUGGUCUCAUCGUGCACUGGGUUGGUCGCUACCGAGAAUGUAUCCUAUUUGGCUGGAUAAUCUGGGCCGUUGGACUAGGUCUCUUCUCAACACUGGACAAGCAUUCCGGAUUGGGAAAGCAGAUUGGCUAUGGCAUUCUGACCGGUGUCGGAGUUGGAAACACCUUGCAGCCAUCGCUUAUUGCCGUGCAAGCUGGCGUGGAGAGACGCGAUAUGGCCGUGGUGACCUCGUUCAGAAAUUUCGUGCGCAAUCUGGGCGGUACUUUGGGAUUGGCCAUUGCCGGGACUGUAAUCAACAAUAUUGUCUCAUCUUCAAUCUCAGUUCUCAAUCUUGAUGAGACUGAGUCUCGCUCCCUUUUGUCGAGCCCACAGAAUUAUUUAUCAAAAUUAUCUGCUGAAGAAGCAGAGCACGUUCGGGACGUCUUGACACCUGCGUACCAAAGAGGCUUCCGAAUUAUUUUCAUAAUAGGUGCCUCGCUCGCGGCGCUUGCUUUCUUCUUGGCUAUUUGGCUUAUGCCUCAAGUUGCAUUGAAUCGUGCAGACGACCAGGCUCUGAAGGAGGAGGCAAAGAAGAGAGUAAAUGGAGAUUUGGAGAAGAGAGAAGAAAAGGCCUGA